AUGUGGGACCAUUUACUACAACAGCUUGUGAACAACACCAAUCCAGGAAUGGUGAAGAAGGUGAACGAAUCGAAGAUGGCGUUCAAAUGCAUGGAGAACAUCAACGCGUUCUUGGAAGCGGCGCGCCAGCUCGGCGUACCAGCGCAGGAAACAUUCCAGACGGUCGACCUUUGGGAGCGACAGAACCUGAACUCUGUGGUUAUUUGCUUGCAGUCGCUCGGGAGAAAGGCUUGUGAACAACAUCAAACCAGGAAUGGUGAAGAACGUGAACGAAUCGAAGAUGGCGUUCAAAUGCAUGGAGAACAUCAACGCGUUCCUGGAAGCGGCGCGCCAGCUCGGCGAACCGACGCAGGAAACAUCCAGACGGUCGACCUUUGGGAGCGACAGAACCUGAACUCUGUGGCUUGUGAACAACAUCAAACCAGGAAUGGUGAAGAAGGUGAACGAAUCGAAGAUGGCGUUCAAAUGCAUGGAGAACAUCAACGCGUUCCUGGAAGCGGCGCGCCAGCUCGGCGUACCGGCGCAGGAAACAUUCCAGACGGUCGAACUUUGGGAGCGACAGAACCUGAACUCUGUGGUUAUUUGUUUGCAGUCGCUCGGGAGAAAGCUGAAUUUGGUGAUGGUGGUUUUAAUCUAAGGCUUGUAAACAACAUCAAACCAGGAAUGGUGAAGAAGGUGAACGAAUCGAAGAUGGCGUUCAAAUGUAUGGAGAACAUCAACGCGUUCCUGGAAGCGGCGCGCCAGCUCGGCGUACCGGCGCAGGAAACAUUCCAGACGGUCGAACUUUGGGAGCGACAGAACCUGAACUCUGUGGUUAUUUGCUUGCAGUCGCUCGGGAGAAAGGUUAAUUAA